AUGACCACUUCCGUGGACUUCGCGGGCAAAGUAGUGAUAAUCACGGGCUCGAGCGGCAGCAUCGGUGCGGUGACUGCCGUCGAGUUCGCCCGACUCGGGGCCCGAAUGGUGGUCACCGGUCGCCGGAAGGAUCGGGUAUCCUCUGUGGCCAAACAGUGCGCUGAGGCGUCGCCUACCGGCGCUAAAGCACUGGAAGUGGUGGCCGAUGUCACCAUCGGUGACGACUGUCGCCGAUUAGUCUCGGAGACUAUCAAGACGUUCAAAAAGCUGGACAUUUUAGUCAACAUCGCCGGUGAGAGUAUAGAGUCGAGCGUAUGGGACGUGGAUAUCCUCGAUAAGUAUGACCACAUUAUGAGCACAAACCUCCGUCGUACGGUUGACUCAUGUGUCGAGCAUUUGGAGAAAACUAAGGGUAAUAUCGUUAACAUGUCGAACGUUGCGGCCAUUAAGCCGAGACCGAAUUCGCCAUUGCUAUCGACGUCAAAGUCGGCGCUGGAUAUGUUCACAAAGUGCGUGGCGCUCGAGUUGGCUCCCAAAGGUAUCCGGGCAAACGUAGUCAAUCCCGGUCUCAUUAGGAGCGGGUUUAUGGAAGCGGGUUAUCACAUGACUAAAGCGGAAGUGGACGACGUGUUGGCCGUGAAGGCCAAGAAGUGCCCGUUCGGACGGGUGGGUGAGCCCAUGGAUGUGGCAAAAGUGGUGCUGUAUUUGGCGUCCAAUGGCGCGUCGUUUGUGACCGGAGCCAACUUCGUGGUCGACGGCGGCGUCCAAUAUGUCUAAUCCAUGAUAUUUGAUCAGUUGGUGCCAUGCCUUAUGAAUUCACC